CCCCCCCCUCCACUCAGACGUUUGCUGGUUCAGGCAAUCUCAUAAUCACCAUGGCACCGAGCGCAUCGAAGGCUGCGAACGAGGUCUAUCUCCUCCCGCUUCUUGACGACGGAUCCCCAGACGUACCUGGAGGAUACAUUUACCUCGAGCCAAAGUUCGCAGCGCCAAUCGUUGUACGCUUUGCCAUCGAGGGCACUUCUUCCAUAUGCAGGCAUGGGAGCUUAUGGGUCAACAUCAAUGCACCAGCAGAGCCAUUCAGGCGGGAUGCCUUCAGGGAAUUCAAGCUGGAACCAGACUUCAACCGCACACUAGAGAUUGACAUCCCGAUUCAAUCAUCUGGCUCGUUCGCUUUUUAUACGACAUACUCUCCAUUACCAGAUCUCGACGGCGCAGGUUCAACCCCAUCAGAAUCAGAACCGACGAAAACUCCUCUCUACUACAUCGAUGUCGCCCCACUUCUCAGUCUGGGAGAUAAACAGCUCCCAAUGGCUGCCCUGUCAAUAAUAUCUGUCAUAUCAAAAUUCAUGGGGAAAUAUCCAACAGAUUGGCAAAAACACCUGCGCGGUAUCAGCGGACGCGGCUAUAACAUGAUUCAUUUCACACCUCUACAAGGAAGAGGGAACUCAAAUUCGCCAUAUAGCAUAGCAAACCAGCUAGGAUGGGACCCCGAAUGUUUUCCUGGGGGUGAGAAGGAUAUUGCUCAACUGGUCGAUGUUAUGGAGAAAGAGCAUGGGCUAUUGGGCCUGACCGAUGUGGUUUGGAACCAUACUGCCGAUAACAGUGAAUGGCUUCAAGAGCACCCAGAAGUGGGAUACAAUAUGUCUACUGCCCCGUGGCUAGAGUCAGCACUCAAACUCGACACAGAACUGCUAAAGUUCGGCAGCGAAUUGGAGAAGCUGGGGCUGCCGACGGAUAUUAAGACCGUCGAGGACUUGCUGUUGAUCAUGGAUGGCAUUAAAACCAAGGUCAUUGACAGCCUUAAAUUAUGGGAGUACUAUGCCAUUGAUGUUAAAAGAGAUGUCAAUGCAGCUGUGGACGCAUGGGUAUCUGGGAAUGUCAAGGUCCCCGCCGAGGGAUUUGGGAGCAAAGAUGCUUCGCAUAAGGAGCAUGCUAAGUUUAUCACUGAGAAAGCUAUGCUGGGGACCGACCGGUUGGGAGAACGCUAUAGACGAAAGAUGGAUCCAGCCAUUGCUGCUGCUUUGUUGACAGAAUUGCAUGGAAAGUCCAACGGCAAUGCCGCUGAUAGCGACGAGGUGCGGAAUCAUAUCUCUAAAAUUUUGGAAGAGGUAAACCUACCAUAUUACAAAGAAUAUGACGAAGAUAUUGCAGAAGUUCUGGAGCAGAUCUUCAACCGCGUUAAAUAUGUACGCCUGGAUGACCAUGGACCAAAGCUUGGUCCUAUCAACGAUAAAAACCCACUCAUCGAGUCUUACUUCACCAGGCUUCCUCAGAAUGACACCACCAAGAAACACAAGCAGGAAGACCUGGCUCUUGUGAACAACGGAUGGAUAUGGGCAGCAAAUGCCCUGGUGGACAAUGCUGGACCAAAAUCCCGGGCCUAUCUCAGACGAGAGGUCAUUGUUUGGGGUGACUGCGUCAAAUUAAAAUAUGGUGACAGCCCCAAGGAUUCCCCUUAUUUAUGGGAGUACAUGGGGAAGUAUACGAGGCUCAUGGCGAAGUAUUUUACCGGUUUCCGAAUCGAUAAUGCACACUCUACUCCUCUUCAUGUCGCUGAGUAUCUCCUCGAUGAGGCACGCCGUGUUCGUCCUAACUUAUUUGUUGUCGCCGAACUGUUCACUGGUUCAGAGGAGAUGGAUUAUGUCUUUGUCAAACGCCUCGGUAUCAAUGGUCUCAUCCGAGAAGCUAUGCAGGCUUGGAAUACUGGCGAGUUGAGCCGACUGGUCCAUCGCCAUGGUGGUCGCCCCAUAGGCAGUUUCGAGGUUGAUGAGAUCUCUGGCAAUGAUACAUCAUCGGGUGAGGAUCCGACAGAAAUUGUCCGAAAGAUCAAGCAGACCCCAGUCCAUGCCUUGUUUAUGGACUGCACGCACGACAAUGAAGUCCCAGCACAAAAAAGAGAGGCUCGCGACACACUACCAAACGCAGCCUUGGUAUAUAUGUGUGCAAGCGCAACUGGCAGUGUUUUCGGUUAUGAUGAAAUAUACCCAAAGAUUAUCGACCUAGUCCACGAGACGCGACUAUAUACCUCGUCAUCAUCCGAGAAGCCAGUCGAUAUUAAGGAUGAAGAAGGUGGUAUUGGAGGUGUCAGGAAACUCCUGAACGACAUUCAUAUCUUAAUGGGCUUGGAUGGAUACGAGGAGACGCAUAUUCACCAUGAUGACCAAUACGUUACCGUGCAUAGAGUACAUCCCGAGUCGAGAAAAGGAUAUUUCUUGAUUGCUCACACUGCGUUCCCUGGCUACAAAAAUGGCAACGGAGCGUUUAGUCCUGUUCAUCUCACAGGGACCCAGGCUAAACAUCUUGGAAGCUGGAUGCUCGAGGUUGAUGAUUCGGAAGAGGCCCGUGAUGCUGCAUUGGGAGACAAACAAUAUCUCAAGGGGCUGCCUAGCAAGGUCACUAGCGUUCCUGGAAUCAACAUGGAAUCUAAGGACGAUGAGACCGUUAUUACUAUGGGAGAUAAGUUCCCGCCUGGGAGCAUCGCGCUCUUUGAGACAUGGAUCCCGGCAGCAGAGCAUGCAUCUGGUCUUGACACACAUGUCACUUCAGGAGCGAAAGAAGCCUUCUCCAAGGUUGAUCUCGUGGAUCUCAACUUCAUCAUGUACAGAUGCGAAGCCGAAGAAAUGGAUUCCAGCAAUGGAAAGGAUGGCGUUUACGACAUUCCCAGCCACGGAAAACUAGUCUACGCAGGCCUCGAAGGUUGGUGGAGCGUGUUGAAGAAGGUCAUCGAUGAGAACGAUCUUGCACACCCGCUCGCGCAGCAUCUAAGGAGCGGCCAAUGGGCCUUAGACUAUACAGUUGGGCGUCUGCAGCGGAAGUCCAAAGAGGAGGGGUUUGAACGCCUACAGGCCCCAGCCUUAUGGCUCCAGGAACGUUUUGAUGCGAUUAGAAAUCUCCCCAGCUUUUUAUUACCACGUUAUUUCGGACUGAUAAUCAAGACUGUUUACUCUGCAGGAUUUGACAGGGGUGUUGAACUCAUGAGCGAGAACGUGCAGAAGGGACAGUGGUUCAUGAAGAGCCUUGCGAUGGUCAGUGUGCAGCAGACGGGCUUCGUCAAGUCUGCCUCCCUCUACCCGAAGCGAGCAGUGCCCUCUCUUGCAGCUGGACUGCCGCAUUUUGCCGUCGAGUGGGCAAGAUGCUGGGGACGAGAUGUUUUUAUAUCCGCGAGAGGCCUCUUUUUGGGAACGGGCCGUUAUGCGGAAGCUCGCGAGCAUAUCAUUGCCUUUGCUAGUGUCGUCAAGCACGGCAUGAUUCCGAACCUUCUUAGCAGUGGUAACCUGCCCCGCUACAACUCUCGUGAUUCGGUCUGGUUCUUCUUGCAGACCAUCCAGGACUAUACGAAGAUUGUGCCCAACGGCCUUGACCUAUUGAAGGAGAAGGUGCCGCGGAGGUUCUUGCCUUACGAUGACACAUACUUCGAAUCAGAUGAUGCAAGAGCGUAUUCCGCAACUUCAACUUUGGAAGAUAUCAUCCAGGAAAUAUUCGAAAGACACGCCAGCGGCAUAUCAUUUAGAGAAGCUAAUGCCGGCCCAAAGCUCGACAUGCAGAUGAAGCCCGAGGGAUUCCAGAUUGAUAUCAGUGUCAACUGGGACACUGGUAUCAUAUUUGGUGGGAGCCAGGACAACUGCGGGACCUGGAUGGACAAGAUGGGCGAGAGUGAACGGGCUGGGACUAAGGGCGUCCCCGGUACUCCUCGUGACGGUGCUGCUGUCGAAAUUACUGGACUAUUAUACAGCACACUGAAGUGGGUAUCAGAACUUCACAAGGAAGGAAAAUACAAUUACAGUGGCGUCAAGACGAACAAUGCCUCUACCAAAGAAAUUUCCUUCGCCGAUUGGGCGAGCAAGAUCCGCGACAACUUCGAACGAUGCUACUAUGUUCCCGCUUCGUCGGAAGAGGAUGCGAAGUAUGAUGUCAACCCAGCCAUUAUCAACCGUCGCGGCAUUUACAAGGAUCUCUACAAGUCUGGAAAGGAAUACGAGGACUACCAACUCCGGCCCAACUUCCCCAUCGCCAUGACCGUCGCACCAGAUCUCUUUGACGACAAACACGCAUUGGGUGCCCUCUUCAUCGCUGACAAGGCGCUGCGUGGGCCAACGGGUAUGGCUACAUUGGACCCCUCGGAUCUGAAUUACCGACCCGAUUACCACAACUCCGAAGAUUCAACAGACAAAGCGACAUCAAAGGGACGCAAUUACCACCAAGGCCCGGAAUGGCUGUGGCCGACGGGAUUCUUCCUGAGGGCGCUACUUGCCUUUGACCUGAAGCGCAGGGACACGCCUGAAGGGCGAACGGAGGCUUUCCAGCAGGUGACGCGCAGGCUGGCAGAGUCCAAGAAGGCCAUUGUUGAGAGCGAGUGGGCUGGGCUGACGGAGCUGACGAAUAAGAAUGGGAGUUUCUGUGCUGAUUCGUCUCCGACUCAGGCCUGGUCUGCGGGAUGCUUCAUCGAUCUAUAUCACGACGCUGCGCAGUAUGCCGUCUCGAAGUUGCAAGAGAAAUGAAAGUGGAGUGAGUGAUGGGGCAGGAGGUGGAAUAUAGCUCGAAACAGUGCAUUGGAAGGACUACGCGAUUUUUUUGGAGGGACUGGAGUUUUCAGAUGCAAAUGGGAUACGAAUCUACUACCGCUGUUUCCAAAAGCCUAUAUCUCUUUUUCGUGUUCUUGGUUUUCGCUCGGCCCCGGCACGCUCUUUUCCCACUCGGCCACCCACCUCAUAACCAACCCGGCCGACCCACCAACCGCUCCCAGCACCCGCACAUCCCAGGCAUCCACCUAAGUUUUCCACCUGAGUUUUCACCUUGCUCAUAGCCACCCACAAGCCUCGCUGCCUGCCCCGGCACAUAGUCGGUCUUAACCUUCCGAUCUUCAACCAAACCCGCCUGGGUAGCUCAAUCGGUAGAGCGUGUGACUCUUACUUCCUAUCCUUAGGAUAUGAGAUCAUCUCAAGGUCGCGGGUUCGAGCCCCGCCUCGGGCUCAAAUCCCGAGUGCUCUCUUGAGGAGUCCUCAAUCAUUUUUUGCUGUUUUGUGGUAAUGAGGCACAUGGGCAUAUUUUUUAUUUUGGGAGAAGUCAUUUCGAUUGCGGGCUUCCUCAAAUUUGAAACUUGGGGUUUUUUUUAUAUUUAUCUAUUCUCCCCAGUCUUUAAGAAUAAAUUGCAGUAUUUCAAUAUGCAAAAUUAUCUAUUA